GGCCGGGGCCGGGGCCGGCUGAUCGGGGCGUUCAGGGAUGGAGACCGCGCCCGGGAGAGCCCCGCCGUCCUCCGCCGAGGCGUUGCGGUUGGCGCUGGCGGCUCCGGGGCUGCCCGACGGCCCCUUCGGUUGCCCCAUCUGCCUCGAUCUCCUGAAGGACCCGGUGACGGUACCGUGCGGGCACAACUUCUGCCAGGGCUGCCUGGGGGCGCUCCGUCAACGGCCGGGCCCCCCCGACGGCGGCGGCGGGGCGGGCGGGGCCGCCCGCUGCCCGCUCUGCCAGGAGCCCGUCCCCGCAGCCUUACGGCUCCGCAAGAACCGCGCCCUCUGCGAGGUGUUACCGCUGCUGGCGGCCGCCGCCGCCGCUUCGUCCCCCCCGUCCCCAGCCGCCGGGUCCCCGAUGGCACCGGGAGCCGAGGAAGAGGAUGCGGCGGGGGAGGAAGGAACGGCCGUGCUGUGCGACGUGUGCCCGCCGGGGUCGCGGGUGGCGGCGGCGCGAUCGUGCCUGGUUUGCUUGGCCUCCUUCUGCGGAGCCCACCUGGAGCCCCACCGCCGAGCCCCCGCCUUCCGUGCCCACCGCCUGGUAGCCCCGCUGCGGCGGCUGGAGGAGGGUCUCUGUCCCCGCCACCUCCAGCCCCUCGACGGCUUCUGCCGCGCCGAGCAAACCUGCGUCUGCGCCCGCUGCCGCGCCCACGAGCAUCGCGCCCACGACGUGGUGCCCCUCGAGCGGGAGCGCGAGCAUAAGGAGGCCCAACAAGCCAAAUUCCUCAGCGAUGUGGAGAACGAGCUGGAGGAGCUGGCAGUCACCAUCGCGCAGGCCAAGAAGAUGGUGGAGCUCAUUAAGGGUGCUGCCACGAAGGAGAGGGAAAGAGUCGAGAAGCUCUUUGCAGAAACCUCUGAGGUCCUGGCGACCUUCCAGAAGGAGGUGGCCGGUUUCAUCGAGGAUGGGGAGCGCUCCAUGCUGGGGGAGGCUGAGGCCGAUCUCCGCUGGAAGGAGGAGAGACGAGCCAAGCUGGCCCAGUGCAAGCAAAACCUGGAGAACGUCCCCAGCACCGACACCAUCUACUUCCUCCAGGAAUUUCAGGCCUUAAAAGUAGCCAUGGAAGAAAACCUCUCCCCGGCUCUGAGCUUCCAGAAUGAGCUGAACUUCACCAAAUGUACCCAAGCCAUGGGCGCUGUGAAGGAUGUGCUGUCCGCUGCCUGCAAAAACCAGUGGGAUCACUUGCAGGGGAAAGGAAUUGAUGGGCUGAGUUUCCAGGAGAUGGAGGAAGCGUUGGCUGAGUCCCGAUUUCCAGACAAGUCAAACAAUCCCGCCUGCCUGGAGAGCCGUGAUUACUUCCUGAAAUUUGCCUUCAUCAUUGACCUGGACAGCGACACGGCUGACAAGUUCAUCCAGCUGUUUGGCACCAAAGGGGCCAAGCGGGUGCUGUGCCCCAUCCCCUACCCGGAGAGCCCGACCCGGUUCAUCAACUGUGAGCAGGUGCUGGGAGUGAACCUCAUGAACCGGGGCAACUACUACUGGGAGGUGGAGCUCAUCGAUGGCUGGGUCAGCAUCGGUGUCAUCGCUGAGGACUUUGACCCCCGGGAGUCCUACAACCGCGGCCGGCUGGGGCGGAACGAGAAGUCCUGCUGCCUGCAGUGGAACGGACAGAACUACGUGGCCUGGUUUGGUGGCUUUGAGUCCGUCAUCCAACAGCCAUUUUUCCACACAAUCGGGGUCUUCCUGGAGUAUUCGGAGAAGGCCCUGACCUUCUAUGGAGUCAAGGACUCCAAGAUGACCUGCCUGCAGCAGCUCAAGGUCUCCCAUUUUGCCAAGGGUCAGUUCGACCCGUUCCAGAACAAGAUCAACCACCAAUUCGCCUCUCUUUUCUUGUGCAAGCUGAAACCAGCCUUCUUCCUGGAAAGCGUCGAUGCCCACCUGCAGAUCGGGCCACUGAAGAAAGAUUGCGUUUCGGUGCUAAAGCGUAGGUAACUGCCCAGAGAGCGGGAGCACGGGAAGACCCAGAAAAGUCUCUCCUGCAGUGUAUUGCCGCCGUCAUGGCUUCCCUUUGGUAGCGUUGUAUUUCUCUGUGGCAGCCCUCCCUCCUCGCUCUGUGCUGUUUGUGACCCAGGGGUGGAUGAAGCCGUCUGGCGGGCAGAGCCGCGGGCUGGGAGCCAGGAGGUAGCUGGAUCCGAGUGCUGGCUCUGCCGCUGGGCUGCUGAGCGAACUUGGGUGAGUCUCUGUGCUGCUGCCUGCCCCUCAGUUUCCCUUUCUGGACAUCAGGGACUGCAACACAGCCUUUCUUGGUAAAAUGCAUUGCUCAGGAGAAGUGCCGUGUAAAUUUGCAUCUGUAUCUUGGCCAGCUGCCGGGCUGCCCGGUCCCUCUCCUUAAUAUCUGCUCACACUGCCCUGGCAUCUUGCACUGAUGCUCUGCUUUGUGCCUUAUCUUGGUCUCUGUGUCGCUGCUGCUUUUUUAAGCGCUGGCUCAUCGACACCUUCUGCAUGCUCCUUAUGAAGUGCCUUUGAAGUAGCAAGCCCAGCAUGGACUGGGGGAACCCCCAAAGCAGAUGCGGUUGCUUCCCCGGUGCCCGCAUCACCGUUGUGCCUUGGUGUGGGUGAGCAGGGUGCUCCAGGGUGGUUGCGAUGCGGAGGAGCCUGGCUCGGUGCAGGGGCGAUGCUGCGGUGACACAGUACCUGUCCUUGAAGGGCUGACCACCCAUUAGUACUGCAAAUGUGAAAUGAGGAUCUUUGCCCUCCCUUGCGCUGCAGGCGCUAGAUAUUUUGAAUGCUGCUCUGUGGCCAGGUUCAUUUGGGAAAAGCCAUGGUCCCGCAUGUGUUGAAGCCCCAUGGCCAUGGGGCUGUUCCCCACCGCAGCCAAAAAUCCCGGCUGGGAAAGGGGAGAAACCUCCUGCUGAGAAGCAGCGGCACCAUUCCUGCCUUGAGAUGGUGAAGCGAGCAGCACAGAACAGUUUUGAGGAUGUGCUUUUAGUAAACACGUUCUUUGGGAACUGCUUAUCAAAGCUUUACAGCCAAAUUCCGCCCCCCGCGUUUUAGAUGACCCUACGAUUUUAGGGGAUUUUAAUACUGUUAAACUCCCAACUCUUACAGUACCCUGGGCACACUUGAGCUGUAAAUAUACCCCUUAGCUUAGUGAGUUUUUUAAGUGACAAAGAGGUGCUGUGAGUAUGUCCCAGAGGUAGAUGGUCUGUUUUAGGCACAGCUGUGAAAGCAUUGAUAAAAAGUGCAGCAUCAGUCAGUUAUUAAAUGACUCGUUAGACUCUGGCAAUAAGUAACAAUUAACAAAAAAUACUCUCAAGCAAGUGUCCUCUCCAGGAAAGGUGGAAACUUGAGGCUGAGAGCCCAAAAUGCCAGUUCACGUGUCCUAAGGGAGCUUUUCCAGAAGAAAAAUACAGAAAUACCGCCUGUAAGGGUGGCACAGUGCAGUCCCUGUCUCAGCACAGUGUGCCUUUCCACAAGUUUAUUUUUUCUGGGAUUAGUUUGCUACCUACCUCCCGAAGCUUGCUUUACGGAAUCAUAGUGCUGUGUAAUAUAUACCUAGAGAGAAAAUAUAUUGGGUCAGGUUCUUCACUGGCGUGAGUGAGUCAGUGAUGACGCAUCAACGGUCAACAGGGAUGGAAAAUGGCCCAUUUAGCUAAAUAUAUGAAAUAUAUAUAUAGUCCCCAAAGGAUAAGCUAGAAAUCAUAGUAGUAUAUUCAAGGGGAGCCAAGGGAAAAUAGUGAGCAUGAAUAAAAAGGCAGCCACAAAGCUGAGGCGUUUAAAGUUAAAGCCAUAUUUACAUAAACACCAAGGCUUAAAGAGCUCCUUUACUCUAACUUGUUUGCGAGCGCUGUCAGCUCCUGCUGGCGCGGGAAGAGGUGCCCAUCCACAGCAAACGGUCGCUGCUGUGGGCUCUCAUUUGAGGGGCUGAAGGGUCCGAAUGCAGCUCCCCCUCCCCAGGGCAGGGCUGGUGAGUUGGUGUGGGAGGGGGACUGCUGGGAUGUGUCUGCAAAUCCCUUCUCUUCCUCCUCCUCCGCAUGUGGUGACUCCUGAAAUGCUGCAGGCGGUGGGAAAAGGAGAGGUAGGGCUUCCAGAGUGAAAUCUUCGGAUGAAAUCUUGGCCUUUCCCGGCCAGUGGGAAUGCUGCCCAGACUUCUGUCCAGAUGGGAGUUCGCUCCCCGUGUCCUGAGCUCCUACCUCAAAACCGCUUUUUUUGGCUCGUGCCAGUCACUCUCCUGCAAAACUCGGCCUUUGCACAAGAUGUCAGCGCUGACAUAGCGCAGGCGUUGCUGCUGUUUUGCUAACACUGGAGAGGACUUGGUAUCAGAAAUGCCUUACCAGAUAAGAAAGGUAGAGACGUGCAACAGCCCGUGCGUGGUCACAUCCCGAGAGGAAGAGGAAGGUAACCUUGAUCUCUGCUGCACGCCUGCAGGAAGAGUUCUCACAUGCAGGCUCCCAUCUCGGCUCUAUCUGCGCCCUAAAUCUCAUUUAUUCAGGCAAAACUCCCACCGUUCGCAGCAAGGAGUUUUGCCAGAGUAAAUACAGCAGUUCUGGGCCUUUACCCCAUUUCAUUUUGCUGUAGGCGGAUUGAUUGCUCUAUGGGGAAACCCAUGCUCGAUCCACGCAUCCCUCCCUUCUCUGUGUUGCCCAAUGCACAGACGCAAGUCUCUGACCUCCUUCAGGGUUUGGGAUGGUUCGGAGGGAUCCUAUCUUUCCCUUUCCAUCCUGUAACCACAUGGGAGCAGCUCAGGAGGACAUGUCUGGUGUUUGGGCUUUGCUUCUGGUUGUGCCAUAGCUUUUGCUUAAUCCACCUCUGCCCCGAGAGCUGGGAUGCUGAUACACAGCUUUAUGGUGGGUUUUGAGGGCUCCUGUGGAUGCGAUGCAGUUGGGAAGUGCUACCCAACCUUCUCCUUCCUGCUGCUUACUUUUAUCCUGGUUGGAAUCUCUGUAAAUCCUUAUGGUUUAGGGCAUAAAGCAAAUUCUGACUGAUUUAAGAUGGGAGCGAUCCCUCUGAGGUGUUGGACCAGAGCUUGCUCUGUGUUGCCAAUAAUUUGGGGUGUAAACUGGAAUGAUUAGGAAAUGUGCACUAUGCUAGCUCUGGAUUGCUGAUUUUGCUGCCAACGAAGGGCUAAAUGCGGCGUGUGAUGAGUUUAGAUGGAUAGAUAGCACUUGGCAAUUUAAACAGCCUUUCCGUGUUUCCUUGAGUUAUUUCUGCUGUCACAGAGUGUUCCUCUUUUUAAUUAGGAUUUUUUAAAUAUAGUUACUGUAGAGUAUUUUACAGUGUGUGAAAAAACUGUAACAGAAUAAUAUAAUGAUGUUAGAGACUAUGAUUUGCCAUUAAAUAUUAUACAGACA